CUAAAUUAGCGUUCAGUGCGCUGCGCGACUGUCGUCCAAAGUGUUUACUGUAUGGUUGGGCUUGCAUCCACGAAAAGGCGAAUAUUGGUAAACAAUGGAGGAGGACGACCUUUUAACUCCGUACAAGGAAGUGUCGUACGAACUCUACGAGAAGCGCACACUGGACAGUCCGUCGUGGGAGACUGACAACAGCUGGGUCGACUCUUCAGUGGAGGAUGAAGUCGACGAGGAACCGAGUAACCACGCAGCAGUUGCAGAGGAGGUGGUCCCUGAGCCUGAGCCUGAACCAGAGCCGGAGCCGGAGGUGAAGAAGCCCGCGACGCCAGAAGUAGUGGAACCACCCGUGGAAGCGCCGCCAAAACGGAAACGAGGGAGGCCCAGGAAACCUAAACCGCCUACGCCCGUUCCAACGCAAGUACAAAAUGUUGCAGCAGGUACGGAUCAAGAUACUAAGGAAUUGGGCAGGACGCUCGGUAGUAGUAACCCAUCAGAUACGCCUGUGCAAAUACCCUUCAAACGGACCCGCGGGAGACCGCGGCGAGGCGAGCAGACUGUGAACUCCCAGAAGCAACUUAUGCAAAGCUUAAAAUACAUAAUCCCAGACGGAAUGAAGCGCAAGACACGACCCUCCCGGCUGCUGGACGACUACGAUUCAUUUGUGCCCAACAAGAAAAUUAUCGUCAAAUCGGAAGAGAAACGUGGUCGCGGGCGUCCCCGAAUAAGGCCCCCUAAAGUGCGCCAGUACCUCCCUGAUGGAACGCCCCGUGGACGCGGCAGACCUAGGCUCAAGCCACUGCCAACUGCGAGUACUGUCCCAGCUGUGAAAACGGAAAAUGGGACAGACGACAAUUCUGUGAUCAACCCUGGCCAAGUUGCUCCUGAAGCCAGCAAUCCUGACGAAAGCCCAGCGAUUAAGAGCGAAAGCGGUGGGAAUGCCAGUCAGACGCAGGGAACCAUUCCAGCUCUCAACGGCGGAGUUCAUAUAAAACGGGGGCGUGGACGCCCAAGGAAGUAUCCAAUCAAAAUUCGAACAUUUCCCAAACGAGUGGCCAGACCCGGCAAGAAACUCGGUCGGCCACGGAAAGGAGAGGAGAAAUGGCGUAAAAUUAUCCCGGCGGAUACUGAAGGAACGAGCGAAAAGUGGCAGAUAAAGCUGACGGGACUCUUCAAAUAUGUGACGGGAGGAAAGUAUCCCAGUUUAACGGCGAACGGCAUAGACAAAACGCAGAAGGAAGUGAAGACAAAGGAACACCAUUCGAAUGAUCGCAACCAAACUGCGAACGACACAAAGAAAAAGAAAGAGAAACCACUAAAGACGAAAAUCGAGGAACCAAUCGCAGCCAAGAAACCCAAACUUGAUACCUCGCUCGAAAGCGCUCCUGCACAGACAGAGUCGACAGCCUCAGCGAAUGUUUCACAGGACGAGAAUGUGAAAAGUCGGUUGGUUGCGGACGAGGAAACGAAGCCAUCACCUCUGCAACUCCAGGAACCCAACAGCAAUGCACACAUGGAGAAGGACCCUCUACACAUCGACAACAACGUGACGACUCCCGCGGAAUUCAGUGACGAAAUUUUCACGAUAGAAGACUCGAGUGACGAGGAAAGCAGCGAUUCCAAGGAGUCCCCUGAGGCGGCCAUUGUCAGCAGGGAAUCUAUCGCGGGGCUUCCAAAGGCGGCCAACAGCAGGCUAGAAAUGCAAAGUUAGGGUCCAUCCAGCCUCCGUCGUCUAUUCCGCAAACUCAUCAAGUGUGACGUGUUUAAUUAGUUCUAAGCCUAACUGUAGUUAAAUUAUACUUUGUUAAGAUUUUUUCAGGCGGUAAACCGAUACUUUCCCCCGCACGCGGGAAGCUUUGUCACGUUUCAUGUCUCGUUCUGUAUUCUGUUCUCGAGAAUGUGCAUUUCUUUUACAAGAUCUAAGGUCUAAAGGUAGCCGAGGUUAGGAAAAGGAAUAUGUUCUGUGUUUUAAGCCAUUUUAGCGCGUUGAUUCCUCUUAUGUUUAUGUCUAGUUUCUAAGGAGAUAUUUUUCAAAAUAAGUUCAUUAAAGUGUAAAACUCGAUUUCAAA